GUCAUGAGUGGUAGUAAAAAGAAAUAUGGAGGGAACGAUUGAGAUGGAAAAUAUUGUUGAAAGUAAUCCUAGUGAUCCUCCAUGUGUAAUGUCGGCUUCUGAAGGCGAAGUUCAGUCAGGUAAAGAAAGCUUAGAAAAUGGCGCAAGUUCAGAGACUGUGGUCUCAAAUGAAGCUGAGAAUGAUGAAAAGAUGGAAACAAACGAGCCGCAGGCAGAAACAGUCCAGGAAAGUGUAAAUACACAAGAAAAUAUUGAAAAUAGCAACGCACAACAAACAACAGCGUCUAGUGAUCAGCCGAAACCUGGUGAAAUAACGCCUUCAGAAGAACAGAAUACUGCUGUUAAUGAACAGGAAUUAAAAUAUUGGAAUGCAGUUAACGAAAAUCCGCAAGACUUUACAAGUUGGACGUAUUUACUUCAAUAUGUUGAGCAAGAGAAUAAAAUCGACUCUGCAAGGAAGGCAUUUGAAUCGUUCUUAAGUCGCUAUCCAUUUUGUUAUGGUUAUUGGAAAAAAUUUGCCGAUAUGGAGAAAAAAAAUGGUGACUUGGAUCGUGCACAACAGGUUUUUGAGAAAGGCGUGGAGGCUAUAGCCCUUAGUGUUGAUCUCUGGGUACAUUAUCUCAACUUUACAUCUCAAACUACCAAAGGACUUUCUAAUAAUGCUACAGCUAUGAGAAGUUUGUUUGAAAGAGCAAUUACUGCUGCAGGUGAAGACUUCAGAUCAGAUAAACUUUGGGAUGCUUACAUUGAAUGGGAAAAAGCUCAAAAACAGCUUCAAAAAGUGACAGCCUUGUACGAUCGUGUUCUGAAUGUGCCAACACAGAAUUAUAGCAAGCAUUGGAAAAAAUUUCAGGAUCAUAUCAACAUGAAUCCAUUGGAAGAGGUGCUGACUGGAGAAGAGUUACUAAAAUUGAAGGCUGAAGCUGGAGCUGCCCCUCCUGGUUUUACAGUUGACAGUGACCCAGCUGUUGGUGCUGCACCAGAAGAAGAAAAGAAAGUGGAAAGUGCAGACACUACAGAAGAUACUAAGGGAGAAGAUGGGAAGCCUGAGGACCCAGAAGCAAAUGCUAUUCGUAAGAAAGUUAUUGCACAGCGUAAAGUUAUAUACGAUGCAAAUGAAACUGAGGUCUCCAAAAGAUGGACAUUUGAGGAAGGAAUUAAACGGCCAUAUUUCCAUGUCAAACCAUUAGAGAAAGUUCAGUUGAAGAACUGGAGAGAUUAUCUUGAUUUUGAAGUUGGUACAGGCAACCACAGACGUGUUGUUAUACUGUUUGAACGAUGUGUGAUAGCAUGUGCAUUAUAUGAAGAAUUUUGGCAAAGAUUUGCUUCAUACAUGGAAGUACAUGAUUGUGUUGAUGGCUGUAGGGGUGUGUUUGAAAGAGGAUGUUAUAUUCACUUGCAAAACAAGCCAAAUCUUCAUUUAUCAUGGGCUGCAUUUGAGGAGAAACAUGGUAAUGUGCAAAAGGCAAGAGAGAUCUUGGAAAAACUGGAUAAUGUUCUUCCUGGUUUAGUUCAUAUUAAACUAUGUCGAGCCAACCUAGAGAGACGAAGCAAAGAGAUUCCAAAUGCCUCAGCAAUAUAUGAACAAGCUAUUGCUGAGAGCACAGAUAUGCAAUUGAUCUCAUUCUUUUCCCUCAAAUAUGCUAAAUUUUUGACCAAGAUUGCCCAGAACUUUGAUAAGGCAAGAGAUGUGUUGAAGACAGCAGUGGAUAAAGAUAAGGACAAUAAGAGACUCUACCUACAGCUGCUUGACUUGGAACUCUCAAUGCAAGAAACAAAUGAAGAACAAGUGGAUAAAGUAUUUGAACUAGUUAAGGACAGUUCACUCCCAGAAGAUGUAAAAGAGAGUUUUUCUCAAAGACAUCUUGAGUUUCUUGAAGAUUUCAGCUCAAAUAUUGUUAGGAUCACAAAAGCUCGGGAGAUGCAUGGCAAGCUGUACAAGACUAAAACAAGCCAAGGGAAAAAAAGAGCAAAUGAAGAAGUGGUGGAAAGUGGUAGCAAAAUGGCCAAAGCAGAUGGGACAUCCAAUCCAAAUCAAUUCAAUAAUGCAUAUGAUGGAACAGCAGAUUAUACUGCAAAUGCUGGUUAUCAAACUAAUUCAUACAACUAUAACCAAGCUCAAUGGCCUGGCUAUAAUGCAACACAGCAGCAGGGUUACAACUAUGGAAAUUGGUAUCAACAGUAUGGACAAACUUAUGCACAUUGACAAUGAUUACAAGGGCUGUAAAAUACUUGUAUAUAUGAGCAGAAAGUAUGCAUUAAGCUGUUGCGUGGUAGCUUCCAAGACAUGAAUUCACAUUCUUAUUAUUCAACCUUCUGUGUGAACUAACCAGGCCAUCCCCUAUCAAGUGACAAUGUUAAGUUGUAUCAUCAGUGUAUUUGUGGAAAAUUUCUUUCCACAGGCACAAAGCCAACUGUCUUCAUCCCAGCAUGGCGUACAGUAGCCUCUAUAUUGAGGUUUGUUAAAGAUUUUAAUAAAUGAUUUAAGACACAUU